UUUUGAAUAAAUUUUCAAAGUAAAUCAAGAUCCAAUAAUAUUUAGUAAAAAUUUAGGUGCUACACGGGUGUAAAGUUGACACUGCGCUUUCUUAAAAGUGUCUUAAAAAUUUUUCAACAAUAGACUUUUUCAAUAUUUCUUCAGAAGUUCUAUAGUUUUCGGUCUCGUUCUAAGGGUUGUUUUGGGAACCAGCGGUGAGUAACGGAGAACCUCUGCUCGCCAGUCUACGCGUUCGUGUUCACUUUUAGUUCGGCUACGACGGGAUUCGCAUUGUCGACGGACACGAGGAUCACAAAGUCAUACUUCCAGACUUGCCGCCACAAUUUAGCGCCAUGCUUUUGGUAUCGCCUAAAACCGUAGCGUUGUGCAUCUCCCCACUCAUCUCUGGUAGCACGCAUUUUCGCAGACUUCGUUUCCACUGGUUGCCACCUUCAGAGAAUUUAAACAAAGUUAACGAAAUUCAUUAGUCAAUUCCAUUCAACUUUUACACGGAUUAAUUAUUCUUGUUUAAGCUCUGCAAGGUGGAUACGUAGUCUCGUUGAAUACGUUUAUACGAUCUGUACUUAACUGAUAUAUAACUACAUGCGGCGUGUAUCGUAUCGAUAAAGGAACGAAAAAGAGCGUGUGGGAAACUGGUUUUACAACUUUAUUGUCAGCUCCUAUCCAUUUUCACACAAUCGAUAUGGGAGACACUACAAAAGAGGACUGCAGGAUAAAUGAAAACUUUUGGAAAAACUGUGUAGAACUAAUCGAAAAAACAUUGGUCCCUGAAAAAUCGAUUGGUGCAAGCAGACCAUGUGAGCAGAAGGAUUUUCGAGAAUAUAGACAAACCGUUGAUGAAAAACUCAAUGUAUUAAAAUGUACUCUUCAGUCUAUGUGUUACAACAAUAAUAACGACAGUAUAAAUUUGCUUAUUGAGACACCCAUAGAAAAAUUGUUCACUGUACAUCUAUUAUUACUCAUUGGGGAACAUUGUGAACAAAAUGUUUGGAAUACUGCGCACUCAGUUCAUUUAUCUAAAGAAUUAGAAAGCAUUCUAUGUGACAUAUGUCAUUGUACAAAUGUGUAUCAGAUUAUGAUAAAAAAUGAUAUAAUUAGUUCAAUGUUACUAAUUUUGAGGCCUAAGUUGUUCAAGAAUACUUGGAAAGCUUAUCCCGCAGCUGUAACUUCUUACAAAUGGCUAUUACAACAAGUUCAGAAACCCAGAUUACUUAAUUAUAUGACAGAUAUACUACCAACUGCACUAAUAAUUUUAGAUGAUUAUGUUCCUAAUAAUAAAAUUAUUGCAUUGGAAUGUCUCAGAAUAAUCAUGGAACAUGGAUUCAUGGCAAGGGAAUUGGUUGAGCAUGGUUAUGCUGAUGUUAUCUUUGAUGCUCUUGAACAUUUGACUCAUCAUCGCGAGGCACAGUACAUCAUCCCAUUGUAUUCUUGUAUUAGUCUUGUGUUAAGAACUCUUGAGAUUGAUAACAAUGAUGAAAAUCUACUAGAGUGGAGUAAACGUGAUGACGUUUUGUUAACAUUACUUAACAAUAUGGAGUGUGAACAAAACUUGGAAUUGCGCGAAACAUACAUGUUGAGUCUUCUGCCCCUCUUAACAAAGAUUGGAAGUGCAAAGUGGUGUAAGAGACUGACAAGAAUCAUUGUCGAGUAUUGUCAACAUUACACGCAUAUAAAAACAAUAAGAGCUACAUUAAGAACUGCGCGAGGUCUACUUCAAUUAUUCCAUCCUCGGAUGGCAGCACAUUGCGUUGUGCUGUAUACCGCUUUCUUGAAGCUGUGGAUGGAUUUGGCUGAAGCCGCAGUAUUUGACAAUGAGACUAUUCAUAUUUUGAAAGAAUGUAUUUUUCUAUUGCAAAAAUUAACACCUGUAGUAGGAAGGGUAAUCUAUGACGAUCGAGUACGAUUAAUUAUUAAUAAUUGUUCACAGUUUGCAACUUGAG